UCAGGUUGAUUUUCAUCUGUCAAUUCGAAACUGAGAAAAAACGUCAAAAAAUGAAACUUGUUUUCACAACAAUCAUCCUUCCUUUGGUGUUUAGCAUCGGCAUCUAUUUUAACCAUGCUAGCCCCACUGGUUGGAAUAUCCGUACAUUCGAACAAUUCAAAAUCCAAUUCAACAAACAUUAUGAUAGUAUCGAGCAAGAAGAACAUGCCCGAGAAAAUUUCCUGGAAACAUUGAAAUAUGUUGAUGCUAAUCCAGAUAAAGCAGUUAUCAAUGAAUUUGCUGAUUUGUCGGCUGAAGAAUUUGCUGAUGGAUAUCUGAUGAGCGAAGAAAGCAUGCAGGAUUCCGAACAACAAUUGAAAUUAUUACGUGCUGGUUAUGAUUACCAUGAUGAUCCCGAAUGUCUAUUUGAUGAAAACUUAGAAGCACCCAAACAAGUCGAUUUGCGUCCAGAUUUAUCACCGAUUAUGAGACAAACAUUACACUGUGGUUGUUGUUGGGCUAUUUCACCCAUAUCAUCCGCCGAAUCAGCAUAUAAAGCUCGCUAUAAUGCUUCCAUACAAUUAUCCGUACAAGAAUUGGUCAAUUGUGCAGUCGAACAUGGAUGUGAAAUAGGCACUACUCCCAUAGCUUUCGAUUAUCUUGUAACCAAUGGAACUACCACACAAAAAGCUUAUCCAUACACCGCUAAGGAAGGCGCAUGCAAUCCGCCCGAAAAGCCACGAUAUACCUUAGAAAAUUGGUGCGCCUAUAUUGAUCCUUCUAUUAAAAAUAAAAAUAAACCUGAUUUGCGAAAAGUUUUGGCUCAAAAACGCACCUCUAUCACAGUACAAAUAUCAAUAAAGAAUGUGAAAGCUUUUGCCCAUCACAAUGGUUCAUUCAUCAUAAGAGAAAAUUCCUUUCCUGAUGAAGGUAAACCUUCUGGACAUGCUAUCAACAUUGUCGGCUAUGGAACUAAAGAUGGUGUCGAUUAUUGGAUUGUACGUAAUAGUUGGAGCACUGGAUGGGGAGAUAAAGGAUAUUUCUAUGUGGAAAGAGGUGUUAAUUGGUGGGGUAUGGAAGAACGUGCAUAUAUAGCAACUUUCUGAUAUCAAUCUCCAAAAAGAUGCUGCUUUCAAUU